AUGAACCACUUUAAUACCACUGAUGGUGUUCUUGCAGUUUCCAAUCUCAGUUCCUCUUCGCGUGAAGCUAUUAUGGAGUAUAUUGUUAAUGAAUUCAUUAGAGGUAAUUCACCACCGGUGCGUCGUGAGGAUUCGUUAUUUAUUUUACAGUUGAAAAUGCCGGUCACACUGCUGGAUAAGGUGUUACCGGAGUGUCGAAUCUCUACAUCAUUGGAAUAUGAGAGUAGUGAUAAUAAUAAUAAUAAUAAUAAUAAUAAUAAUAAUAAUAAUAAUAAUAAUAAUAAUAAUAUACCGUUACGAUGCUCUUCUUUAAACAACACUUUAUUGAAAAGAAAUGAUGUACAUGAUAUUAAAUGGCUUCGGAAAAUAAUGCAUGAAUUUUUCUUUGAGACAAGUAAACGAUUGGAUACUACAGAUACUUAUUAUGAUGAUGAUGAUGAUAGUAUUAAUGUUCUGUUAAACCACAACUUGGAAGAAGAAAAAGAAAAAAAAAUAGAAAAAGUAGAAGGAAAUAGUAGUAUGGAAAACAAAGGGUUUUCAUUAAAUUCCAAAUGUUAUCCAUCACUUAUGAAACCUGUCUUUUCUCCUUUAGAUAUACGAGCCAUACUGCUUAAUUUUCUACUAUUGAAAUUUGGAGAAACUACACCUGUUAGACAAGUAGGAGUAGAUCUCCUGCGGGCCAUACGAUAUUAUCGAACUUUGGAUUUGGAAACUAAUAUAUUCAGUGCUUUACUCUCUUGUCCUAAAUAUGAUGAGUUGGAUGUUAGACUCUUUCUACAAUGGUGGGCCGAAUUAUAUUCUUUUUCACAUUGUGGAGAUUCGGAUUCUCGAUAUAUUUUCUUAGCUGAAUUAUGGCCUAUAAUAACACGUUGUCUUUUUAUUUGUAGCCUUCCUCAUGAAAUUAAAAAAACUGUUAGCCUUCGAGUUAAAAAUACUUUAUUACGUUGGUUUAGUGAUGAUUCUAAUACUACUACUACUACUACUAAUAAUGUUAGUAGUAGUAGUAGUAGUAAAGGUGAGAAGAGUGUAAAACUUCCCAAAAUAAAUGGGAUGCCAAACCUUUUCUAUUUACCGUACUCUGUUGCUCUAUUACAGGGAUAUCUUGGUGUGUCUAACCCAGUAAAUGAUGCUGAUACACUGUGGUUUCAAUUUACAUCAAAGCAAAUGUUGUCAAAUGCUCAUGUGUUGGCUCUUCUUCUUGUGAACACCAAAGUAGAACGACGUCAACAAGUUUCUUCUCAAACUGAAUCGUUAACGUUAACAAAAGAUACAGAUUAUAUGGUGAAAACUCCAACUGCUAGAAAAUCAACUGAUAUAUUACCUUUGCUUCCAGAAAAUAAUAAUAAUAAUAAUAAUAAUAAUAAUAAUAAUAAAGAGGAUGCAGAGGAGUGGAUUCCUUUACCUGACAGAAAAGAUGAAAAGAAAGAGAAGGGUCUCUUUAAGAUUAAGGAUGUGGAAACUAAAUCUAACCACGAUGAGGUUCCCAGUCACGAAGAGGAACAUCAUAAUAUAGAUAUUUCUACACAAUGUGCGUCUUUGCGGGAUCAUGAGUUACGCUUUAAAAAGGAAAUGAAAUCUCUUGAGGAACGCAUAACUGAAACUAUAGAACUUCAUAAGAAGGUUGUGACAAAUAAAUCAUAA